AUGAAGGAGAGCAGCAGCACCGAGGACAGGAUCAGGUUGGGCAGGCCGCCAGGCGCCGAGGCGAGUGGUGGCGCCGAGGCGAGUGGCAGCGCCGAGACCGCCGCCGAGGCGGCGGACGAGGACGAGGAGGCGCAUGUGCUGCAGCUGCCAUCGGGCAUCGCCGCCGACGCGACCGAGUGCUUCGUCGUCGACGGCUCGGCGCACGAGGUGCACGUGUUUAGCACAGCCGACGGCUCCCGCCUGCGCCGCCUCGGUCAGCGCGGCACGUGGCCCGGCGAGUUUGAAUUCCCGUGGGGCACCCUCGUCACGCCGAGCGCUGGCCGACUGAGUGGGGUGUGCGUCGACGCCGAGCAAGCGCGCGUGUGCCUCGUCGACCACUCGGCCAAGGCGGUGCGCGUGCUGGCGCGCUGGGAGGCGGCGGACGCCGGGGCGGCGAGCCGGCCGAGCGAGCCGUCGACCAGCGAGGCCGGCAAGCCAGAGGUCGGCAUCAGUCAGAACCUGCGAAGAGAUCAGAGAGAGCUUGGUGGGUGA